AUGGCCAGUGAGGACACAGGUUCCGAGGCAGUACUGUUUGAGGAACCUCCGGAAGGUGGUGGGGUGCAGAAAGUGUGCGUUUUUGCUUUCAAGGUUUUCCUCGGAAACCCGCACAUCUGUAACUGCCCCACGUUUCAGAAAAGACGGGAGCUGUGCAGGCACAUCUGCUGGAUCUUGUUGAAAAAAUUCAAGCUCCCAAGGAAUCAUGAAUACGCUUUGCAGCUGGGCCUGGUGGAAGGAGAGAUCGACGACCUGCUUCGGGGGGUGGGCCGCCUGCCAUCGGCCCCCAAACCAGCCAACGACCCGCGUGCGCACACGGAAGGCGACGGGGGCGUGAAGCGGAAGGAGGUGGGCCCAGAGGACAUCUGCUCCAUCUGCCAGGAGCUGCUGCUGGAGAAGAGGCUCCCUGUCACCUUUUGCAGGUUCGGCUGUGGCAAUAACGUGCACAUCAAAUGCAUGAAGAUCCUGGCCAAGUACCAGGACGCAGUAUCCAGCACGUCUAUGCUGAAAUGUCCGCUGUGCCGGGAAGACUUUGCACCCUUAAGCCUGAUCUUGGAGGAAUUCAAAAACGCGAGCAAACUGGUGACCGUGGCGGAGAAGGAGCGGCUGGACAAGCAGCUGGGCAUCCCCUGCAACAGCUGCAGGCUGUGCCCGAUCGAGGGGCGGUGUUACAAGUGCACCCAGUGCGAGGAGUACCACCUGUGCCAGGACUGCUUCCCCAGCUGCAGCCACGGCUCCCACGCGUUCACUUUCCGGGAGAAGAGAAAUCAAAGAUGGAAAUUGCUAGAAAAGAGAUCCGAUGAGACUGGAAAAUACAGAGAUAUUAGCAAUGACAUAGAAGAACAGACACCACAUUUUCAAGAAAAGCCAGGCCAGGUGCACACGCCCAGGCCCGUGGUGCGGUCGCUGCCCCUGCUGAUGAUCACGAAGAACAGCAAGCUGCUGGGGCCCGGCUUCCAGUGCCGCCUCUGCCUGCAGGCCUUCUGCCCCAGCCAGUACGCCAGGCUGCUCCCCUGCUCCCACAAGUUUCACAGGAAAUGUAUCGACAGCUGGUUAUUGCACAAGAGCAACGCCUGCCCCAUUGACGGACAAGUCAUCUACAACCCUCUGCUCUGGAAAGACACAGCCGUGAACGGACGCGGACACCGCUCCGUCCCAAACACAGGGGCCGCCUACCUGUCGAAGCAGGAGCAACCAGGGCUCUUUGUUCCUGGUACCGGGUUAGUCAUAAAACAACACGGAGCUGGGACUUUGCCUAGCAUCCACCAACGUAACUCUGAAACGUCAAAGACGCCUCAGCGUCCCACAGACAUCCACCAGGAAAUGACCACAGGUGACCUGUACGCUAUCAACGUAGACGAUGCAAAUUCAAGAAGAUUAAUCUACGAGUAUAAAAUCAGGCAACACUUCCCCCGGUAUUUUCACGAUUUACCCACAGGAUCCUUUGGGAGAAUACCAUCUCAAACAUUUCUUCCUUCUAUCGCUCGCGAGAAUAACAUCUGUCCCCCUGGAACGGGAGGCCCCCGGGUCAACGACGCCGGUCAAAGCCAGAAGCUGACCAAAGGCUCUCAACGUAUCAACCACAAUCUGAAGAAGAUUCUUGGUGCCAACAUCAGAGAGGAAAACAGGAGACCAAACACUCCAGAAGAUUCCGAUCUUAUUGUCAGUUGGGGUACAACUGAACUUGGUUUGUCUACGAGGUGUGCUAACUGUGUGAGGAAACUUAGAAAUAAAUGCCAUCAUCAGUCAAGAAGGCCUGUGCCUCACCCUUUAUAUAAAACAUUGGAAGGAGUUCAGUUAUCAAAAUACACGUUUGGCUAACAUCAGAAUUUUCUAAUAUCCGGAUAUUGAACAUAAAAUGUUUUCUUUGUAGAACAUAAAACAAUACUUUGACAAAUGGGUAUAAAAUUCUCUGUUGUCAUUUUGCCUAUUUGUCCAUGAAGAACUAACUACACAUAAAGGAAAUUAGUUCACUCUUUAUAAGACUUAAAGUGUUAGGUGUUUUGAUGAGUAUGUUCAGGAUGUUA